GUACAAAAUUUGAAACCGAAUAAGCUUCGAAUACUUCAUACAAAGAGUCCCUACUCGUCUUUUAACUCUUCUUUGUAACAAUUCUCUUCUCAGCCUCUACGCAUUUACUCAAUCGUAUACUUAUUUUUCCUUAAUUAUACACUGUAUUGUUGGCUACCUAUCUAAACCUCUUCACUCGUUAACGUUCCCCUGUCAUCGCCGCAUCUUUAUUGGCUCAAUCUAUGCUACCGGCGCGCCGUUAGAUACAUUAGAGCUGCCCAGGUGUCAAUCCGUGAACCCGACAUCAACAGCUAGAUACAAUCCUAUUCUUAUAAGAUAUCCCUAUGCCGGCUACCGCCAUAGUGGCAUCUUGACAACAGGUCUUGUGUGCAAGAUGGCAGAGAAAUAUAUUAUUCGCGUUACCGCUGGGACAGACUACGACCUAGAUCGUCAUUCCGUAAUCCCAGUCAACUUGCACGAGCCAGUCAAAAUUAGCAGUGAUUUAAUCGAUGCUGAGCUUAAUGUCCGCGUGCAAAACUACCAUGGACUACCGAGGAAUUCACCAAACACAUCACCAUACUUCUCCCAAGAGCCUCAUGCUACCAAUAAAGAUCAGUACAGCAUAGCUAUUCGCUUCACCCCAAAGAGGCCUGCCACUAGUUCUAAAUCCAAGGGGCCUUCCACUGAAUCAUCCAAAUCGUCAUCGAAAUCUGGGUCGUCGCAGGAUCCCUCGUCUUCUAGAUCAUCGUCUACGGCACCUACCGAGGAAUCUUCCGGGGAGGAACCAGCAUCCGGAAUCUCAGGGGAGGACCUGCAAUUUGGAAAUGAUUUCGAGCAUCCCAUUCGUGAUCGACUCCCGCCCGGUUUUAGUUAUGCUAUGAAUAUUGUGAAGUGGUGGAUCGAUCCUGGCCUCGAAGGAGAUGCUUACGCUGAUCAGCCGUAUUUGUAUGGGCCCGCUCUAUCAUCUUUCAAUACAAUCCAUGUAGGAUCAGGAGAAGUCAACCCAGAAAAGGGGGGCCUGUGGUUUGAGGAAGGUGGUGAUGAAGGCGGGGUGAAAGAACGUCAAGAUGUCGGUGCCCCAGGGACUGCGAAGGAUCGAAUGAAAUGGGCGCUCAAACCCGCCAACAAGAGCAGAUGGGUUUUCCAGUAUGGAAAUACCUACUGUCUCGAUUUCUUCAACCCGUAUCUGGACUUCAACGAGUUCAGUUUGCGCUUACCAGGAUUUACCCUGCCAAUUAUGAAAUAUUGGGAUGGCCAGAGCUUAAGGACCAACCCGAAGCGCUCACACACCCUUAGGUACGUGCUGCGGAAUCGCUCGACCGACCAACCAUACCUAGUCAUCGUCUUCACGCUAUAUCUGAAAGAAGAUGUAAACGAAGACGGCUCACUUAAGCCAGCCGCUCUCGAAGAAACCAAGAAGGGAAAGGUGGCGACCGAGGAAUCUGCGGACGUUGCAGUGGAGACCGCUGAUUUAAAGAAGGACGAGGAUCAUCAAGCCUGAAAACGAUUCGAAAUGCUCGACACCCGAGAGGGGAAGAGGAUUGUACAGACUACAGUGAGUGAAUGAUUAUCAGAUAAUGCAUUGGCUACCGGCAUCGCGAAUUAGGGAAGGUAUCGUUUAAUUAGAAUACCCAACCAGGUAUAUAAUUCUACUUGAAGUAUCCGAGCAAGUAGUAAUUCACUUGUCGAGGAAUACAAUGUCCGAAAUUUCAUAGUGAAAGUGUAAUUGG